CUUGUUGCCUUUGAAGGUGGCAGCAUUUUAAGGGCACUUCUCUUGCUUCUCUCUUGUCCUCUCCUCCUCAUUUUGAACCAUGACAUGAACCUUAAACUCAUGACCUUCAUCACAUUCUGUGGCCUGAGAAUCAAGGACAUGGAAUGUGUUUCAAGGGCAGUGCUGCCUAAAUUCUAUUUGGAGAAUCUCAACCUUCAUGCUUAUGAGGUUAUGGCUUCAUCAAGUUCCAAAGUUGUGUUCACAAGUGUUCCUAGAGUUAUGGUUGAAGGGUUUCUGAAGGAGUAUUUGAGUGUUUGUAAUGUUAUAGGCACAGAGUUGCAAACUUUUGGUACCUACUUCACUGGCUUUGUCUCUGAUUCUGGCUUGCUUGUGAAGCAUAGAGCACUCAAAGAGUAUUUUGGUGACAGAAAACCAGACAUUGGUAUUGGAAGCUCAAGUUUUGAUGAUCAUAUUUUCAUGUCACUUUGCAAGGAAGGUUAUGUGGUGAACAAUCCAAGCCCAAUGUUGGGAAGGGAAAAAUAUCCAAAGCCCUUAAUCUUCCAUGAUGGAAGGUUGGCAUUCUUGCCAACCCCAUCAGCAACACUGUUGAUGUUCAUGUGGCUCCCAAUUGGGAUUCUUCUUGCCAUAUAUAGAAUCCUUGUUGGGAUCUUGCUUCCAUACAAAUGGGCAAUGAUACUUGGAGUUUGGAGUGGCAUAAACCUGAAUGUUAAAGGAAUAAUGAGGUCUCAAAGUUCAGAACAGAAGAAAGGGGUUCUGUAUGUUUGCACACAUAGGACACUUCUUGAUCCUGUUUUCUUAAGCACUUCUUUGGCUAAGCCUUUGACUGCAGUCACAUAUAGCUUGAGUAAGGUGUCAGAGUUCAUAGCUCCAAUUAGGACUGUCAGACUCACAAGGGAUAGAAAACAAGAUGCUCAAACCAUGCAAAGGUUGCUAAGUGAAGGUGACUUGGUAGUAUGUCCAGAAGGAACAACUUGUAGGGAGCCAUACCUAUUAAGAUUCAGCUCAUUGUUUGCUGAGUUGGCUGAUGAAAUAGUUCCUGUGGCUAUGAAUGCUCAUGUCAGCAUGUUUUAUGGGACCACAGCAGCAGGCUUGAAGUGUUUGGACCCCAUCUUCUUCUUCAUGAAUCCUCGGCCAUGUUACCACAUUCACAUCCUUGGGAAGGUUCCUAAGGAGCUUACAUGUGCUGGAGGCAGGUCCAGUUGUGAGGUGGCUAACUAUAUUCAGAGCCAAUUGGCUCUUGCUUUGGGAUUUCAGUGCACAACUCUCACUCGGAGGGAUAAGUACUUGAUGCUUGCAGGGAAUGAAGGCAUUGUCAAUCAACAACGUAACACCAAAAUUAAUCAUCAUUGUACCAACAAUAAUAAGGGAGAAACUUUGCUGUCGUGAAGUUAAUAGUUGAAAACAGUUAGAUGUCAUCUUAGUCGAUCGUAUCAUAUCAUCUAACGAUUCUCAAUUAUUAAUUUUAUGUAAAGGCAAUUUUAUAUGGUCUCUGUCUAAUAAUAAUAGUUCCUAAUUUUUUUAUAAACCGUUCUAAAUUGUCAUCUUCUAUAAUUAAAUUAUAAUUGCAGUUUAAAACCACAGUUAUGUACCAAUGAAUGAUCUGUAUGUAAGUGUUCACCAACAUUUUGGAGUUCCAUAUUGUUUAUUUAUUUUGUACAAUUACCCUCAAUUAUUAUUCUGGAGUUGCCAGC